AUGUCCGAACGAGGGUGUCCCGUGUCUGGGUCUAUGGGCGGUGGAACAUGUCCCGCGGGCAGACAAUCGGCCAACAACAGACGGGUUGGGCCAAGAGGCUGUUCUUUCUCGGGCUAUACCCAGCAGGGCGACAUUCACGCCGCCUUUGAUAUACCGAGAGGGGUGGACGUGGACGAUUGGCUACGUGCUAGAGAACGGAAGGCCAUCAAUGAGAUUGUCUACUCAAACAUCCCGUCGGCGGACCACAUCGCCCAAGUUAAGAACGUCGACACCCUCGUCGCCGACGACAGAGACCUGCUGGCCGUCGCCCUGGGCGCCCCGGCGCGGCAGGUGAUCCUCCGGGCCGAGGGCAUCGGGCCGCAGAGCGGGUGGAAGGACGGGUACCUCAGCGCCGAGUACGGCUUCUGCCCGCCCGACUCGAACGAGGCCGCCGGGGCCCUCGCCAGCUGUCCCGGCCGCGUGUGGUCCGACCUCUGCGAGCGGAUGCCUGGCUGCGUCUCGCGGGGCCGCGUGCGGGAGUCCGUCGCCGCCCUGCCGCUCGUCGAGGGCACCGAGGAGAACGUGCCGGACCGGGCGCUCUGGGCGGCCGUCGUUGCGCUGGGCAUGCUGUGCUCCAUCUACCGCUACGAAGAGAAGAACGACGGGUACGACGGCGUCAGCACCAGCUCGGCGUCUGCGAGGCCGCAGGUCGGAAUGAGCGAUGACCUCGGGCCGGAGCUGGUAGGGAUACCGCGGAGCAUCGGGCUGCCGUACUGGCAGGUCUCGCGGCGCAUGGGACGGGCCAUCCCUCACCUGACCUUCUUUGACCAGGCCUCGUACAACAUCAAGGUGCGGGAUCCGACGUCGAUCCAUCCGUACGUUGGCCGGUUCGACAACACGGAUCUGCGGUGGCCCAUGUUCGGCGAGCGCACCGAGAUUGCCUUUUUGAAGGGGUGCGCCGACACGGCAGGUUUGUUGAAUCUUCUCUUCACGUGUUGUCACUUCUGAAUCUCAUCCUCUUACUCUUAUCCCCUCACUCUCGCUCUCACUUUCACUCUCACUCACCCACCCUU